AUGCCUUCUGUUGAGAUGCAAAGCGGUGCCGCGGCCGAGAUGAACGAGCUCACCGAGAUGCUCUCCCAGCUCUACACCGCCUCCACUUCCGAAGAAUGCGAUGCUAUCGCCAGGCACAUGGCCGCCCGUGUCCAAAAGGAGGGUCUCAUCACCCUCAAGACCAGCGACAUCCUUACCAACCUCGAGGCCGAGUGCAAGAACAAGAAGUCCGGUCUUGCCCGUGAGGGUGCCCUGAUCGGUAUCUGUGCCCUUGCUGAUGUCCUUGGCCGCCCCUCGGAGCCCUUCUUGAUGCCCCUCUUGCCCCUGAUCCUCGAUCUCUAUGCUGACAAGGGCCCCGUCGUUCAGGAUGCUGCCUCCAGAGCCGCUUUGGCCAUCAUGGCCAACAUGCCCUCGCAGUCUGCCCCCAUUGUCUUGCCCAUUCUCUUCCAGAGCAUCGGUGGUCCCGGCAAGAAGUGGCAGACCAAGGUCGGCGCUCUCCAGAUCCUUGCCGAUCUCUCAAACUCCUCGCCCAUCCAAGUCGGUAUCGCCCUUCCCGAGAUCAUUCCCAUUGUCAAGGACUGCCUCUCUGAUACCAAGAAGGAGGUUUCUGACCAGGCCACAAAGACCAUGUUGCGUGUCUGCAACGUCGGUGGAAACCCCGAUAUCGCCCGCCAUCUCAAGGACCUCUGCGAGUGCAUGGCCCAUCCCGAGAAUGUGCCCCAGGUCAUGGAGAAGCUGUCCGCCACUACCUUUGUUGCCGACAUGAACGGUCCCGCCCUUGCCAUCAUGGUCCCCCUUCUCGUCCGUGCCCUCAACGAGCGCUCCGCCCAUGUUCAACGUCAGACCACCAUCAUUGUCGACAACCUCUGUAAGCUCGUCAAAGAUCCCGCUGAGGCCGGUCAGUUCUUGCCCGAGCUCUUGCCCGGUUUGGAGCGUAUUAUCGAUAUUGCCGCCGUCCCCGAGAUUCGUGCCUUGGCCACUGCUGCCAGGAAUACCCUCAUCAAGGCUGGAGGUGCUACCAAGGCCGACCCCGCUGCCCAGUCGGACUCGAUCGUCCCCACCGAGGCCGUGGCUCGUGCUGUUGUCGACAAGGCCGUUGGCAAGUUUGGAUUCUUCCCUGCCUUCUUUGAUGCCGUCAAGGCCCAUGUCUCUCUGAUGACGAUUGUCUUGGUCAAGGAGGAGAACUUGUCGCCCCGUGAGUGGAUCUCGAUCCUUGGCGAUUACUUUGCUGCCUUCAUGCCCGCCGCCGACGGCAAGGCUGUUGUCAACACCGUUGCUGAGCACUACGUCGAGGCAGACCGCAAGAUGAACGGAGAGAAGAACGUCGAGGAUACCGAGGAAGGCGAGGAGCUCUGCAACAUUGACUUUUCGCUCGCCUACGGAGGAAUGAUGUUGUUGAACCACACCAAGCUCAGACUUCACCGUGGACACCGCUAUGGUCUCUGCGGCCCCAACGGAGCCGGAAAGUCGACCUUGAUGAGAGCCAUUUCCUUGGGCAAGUUGGACGGAUUCCCCUCGUCCGAUGUCCUCCGCACUGUCUUUGUCGAGCACUCCUUGCAGGGUGACCAGGGCGAGAUGGCGAUUGUUGACUUUGUUGCCUCGGAUCCCAAGCUUGCUUCGACCCCCCACGAGGAUGUCGUCAAUGCCCUCAGGACUGUCGGCUUCAACGACGAGAUGCAAAAGAACACUGUCUCGUCGCUCUCUGGAGGCUGGAAGAUGAAGCUGGAGUUGGCCCGUGCCAUGUUGAUGAACGCCGAUAUCUUGUUGCUGGACGAGCCUACUAACCACUUGGAUGUCGCCAACAUCAAGUGGCUCGAGGACUACCUCAUCAGCCAGACCAACGUCACCUCCAUCAUCGUCUCUCACGACUCUGGAUUCCUCGACAACGUCUGCACCAACAUUCUCCACUACGAGCGCAAGAAGCUGAAGAUGUACAAGGGUAACCUCUCCGAGUUUGUCAAGGUCAAGCCCGAGGCAAAGUCCUACUACACCCUCGCCGCCACGACCGUCAAGUUCGAGUUCCCCAAGCCCUCGUUCUUGGUCGGUGUCAAGUCUAACACCAAGGCGAUCAUGAAAAUGACCAACUGUACUUACACCUACCCCGGAGCCGCCAAGCCCUCGAUGCACAACGUCUCUGUCCAGCUCUCCCUUUCCUCCCGUGUCGGUGUUAUCGGACCCAACGGUGCCGGAAAGUCGACCAUGAUCAAGUUGUUGACUGGAGAGACCUACCCCCAGGAGGGAACCGUCUGGAGACAUCCCAACCUCCGUAUCGGAUACGUUGCCCAGCAUGCCUUCCACCAUCUCGAGCAGCACUUGGAGAAGACCCCCAACGCCUACAUCCAGUGGCGUUACCAGGGUGGUGCCGAUCGUGAGAUCCUCGAGAAGCCCACGGUCGCCAUGACCCCCGAGGAGCUCGAGCAGAUGGAGACUUGGGUCAUCGGAGGCGAUGGCUCCAAGCGCCAGGUCGAGAUGGUUAUGGGUCGUCAGAAGCUCAAGAAGUCGUUCCAGUACGAGGUCAAGUGGAAGAACCAUGUCCACAAGUUCAACACCUGGAUGCCCCGCGAGAAGCUCCUCGAGCUCGGAUUCGACAAGUUGAUCCGCCAGUUCGAUGACCGUGAGGCCUCUCGCGAGGGUCUCGGUUACCGUGACCUCUCCCCAGCCUCUAUCCGCAAGCACUUGGAGGAUGUUGGUCUCGACGGAGAUAUUGCUGAUCACAACAUGAUCAACGGUCUCUCUGGAGGACAAAAGGUCAAGGUCGUCAUUGCUGCCGCCAUGUGGAACAACCCUCAUAUGUUGGUCCUGGACGAGCCUACCAAUUACUUGGAUCGUGAGUCCCUCGGAGGUCUUGCUGUCGCCAUCCGCAACUGGGGUGGAGCCGUCAUCAUGAUUUCCCACAACACCGAGUUCUUGGGAGCCCUCUGCCCCGAGACCUGGACUGUCAACGCCGGAUUGCUGACCAGCAACGGCAAGUCCGCUGUCCUGGAGGGCAACUUUGAAGAUUCCGAGAAGCCCAUCGUGGUCGUCAACAAGAAGAAGAAGAAGUCGAGAAACGAGGUCAAGGCACAGGAGGUCCGUCGCCGUCUCCGCCACUUGGAGUGGUUGGCCUCCGACAAGGGUACCCCCAAGCCUGCCGACUCUGACUCUGACUAA